CAUCCUCGCCAGCUCCGUCCUCGCCGCCAGGCCGGCCUCUGCCUCGGCUCUCACAUCACGUCUGGCCGUCUCUGUGCUGGGUGUUGCCUCUGAUUAUCUUCUUUUCCACGGUCACACUUGAUCAGAGGGCAAGGAAAGUUUUGGAAAAUGCCGAUUGCACAGUUGCUGGAGCUAUGGAAGAAAAUAGAGGUGGAACCCAUGGAAAUAGAGGCCGCCGAGGAGGACCUGGCCCCGGACGCGGAGCCCAGCACAGAAGACACGGCGGAAGAGGGCAAGGGGGACGCCACCUCGCUGGAGGCCAGGGCGGCUGCGGAGGUCAAGGAAGAAGGCGUCGUCAAGGAGGUUGACAUCAGCCAUCAUGUGAAGGCCGGCUUUGAGAAGGCCGACCCAUCCCAGUUCGAGCUGCUGAAAGUUCUGGGUCAAGGAUCCUAUGGGAAGGUGUUCCUGGUGAGGAAGGUCAAGGGGUCCGACGCGGGGCAGCUCUACGCCAUGAAGGUCCUAAAGAAGGCCACCUUGAAAGUUCGGGACCGAGUCAGAUCGAAGAUGGAGAGAGACAUUUUGGCAGAAGUGAACCACCCCUUCAUCGUAAAGCUUCACUACGCCUUCCAGACGGAGGGGAAACUCUACCUGAUUCUGGACUUCCUGCGGGGAGGGGACCUCUUCACCAGGCUCUCCAAGGAGGUGAUGUUCACCGAGGAGGAUGUCAAGUUCUACCUGGCGGAGCUGGCCUUGGCCUUAGACCACCUGCACGGCCUGGGGAUCAUCUACAGGGAUCUGAAACCGGAGAACAUCCUCCUGGACGAAGAGGGGCACAUUAAAAUCACAGAUUUCGGGCUGAGUAAGGAGGCCAUCGACCACGACAAGAGAGCGUACUCCUUCUGCGGGACCAUAGAGUACAUGGCGCCCGAGGUGGUGAACCGGAGGGGACACACGCAGAGCGCGGACUGGUGGUCCUUCGGCGUGCUCAUGUUCGAGAUGCUCACGGGGUCCCUGCCGUUCCAGGGGAAGGACAGGAAGGAGACCAUGGCCCUCGUCCUAAAAGCCAAGCUGGGCAUGCCCCAGUUCCUCAGCGCGGAGGCCCAGAGUCUGCUCAGAGCCCUCUUCAAACGGAACCCCUGCAACCGGCUGGGUGCUGGCCUCGACGGCGUGGAGGAGAUCAAGCGUCACCCUUUCUUUGCCACCAUCGACUGGAAUAAGCUGUACAGGAAGGAGAUCAAGCCGCCCUUCAAGCCGGCGGUGGGCAGGCCGGAGGACACCUUCCACUUCGACCCCGAGUUCACCACCAGGACGCCCACAGACUCACCUGGCGUCCCCCCCAGUGCCAACGCUCAUCAUCUGUUUAGAGGAUUCAGUUUUGUGGCCUCCAGCCUGGUCCAGGAGCCCUCGCAGCAAGAUCUGCACAAAGCCACAGUUCACCCCAUCGUGCAGCAGUUACACGGGAACAACAUCCACUUCACCGACGGCUACGAGAUCAAGGAGGACAUUGGCGUGGGCUCCUACUCCGUGUGCAAGCGCUGUGUGCACAAAGCCACGGACGCCGAGUACGCCGUGAAGAUCAUCGACAAGAGCAAAAGGGACCCCUCGGAGGAGAUCGAGAUCCUGCUGCGCUACGGCCAGCACCCCAACAUCAUCACGCUCAAGGACGUCUACGACGACGGGAAGUGCGUGUACCUGGUGAUGGAGCUGAUGCGCGGCGGGGAGCUCCUGGACCGCAUCCUCCGGCAGAGGUGCUUCUCGGAGCGGGAGGCCAGCGACGUGCUGUGCACCAUCGCCAAGACCAUGGACUACCUCCACUCCCAGGGGGUGGUUCAUCGGGACCUGAAGCCGAGCAAUAUCCUCUACAUGGACGAGUCUGGAAACCCCGAGUCCAUCCGCAUCUGUGACUUCGGCUUUGCCAAGCAGCUGCGAGCCGAGAACGGGCUGCUGAUGACGCCGUGCUACACGGCCAACUUCGUGGCCCCGGAGGUCCUGAAGCGGCAAGGCUAUGACGCGGCAUGUGACAUCUGGAGCCUGGGGAUCCUGUUGUACACCAUGCUGGCAGGAUUUACCCCUUUUGCCAACGGCCCCGACGACACGCCCGAGGACAUCCUGGCGCGGAUCGGCAGCGGGAAGUACGCGCUCGGGGGGAACUGGGACUCCAUAUCCGACGCGGCCAAGGACGUCGUGUCCAAGAUGCUCCACGUGGACCCCCAUCAGCGCCUGACGGCCGUUCAAGUCCUCAAACACCCGUGGAUCGUGAACAGAGAGUACCUGUCCCAGAACCAGCUCAGCAGACAAGACGUCCACCUGGUGAAGGGAGCCAUGGCCGCCACCUACUUCGCCCUGAACAGAACGCCUCAGGCCCCGAGGCUGGAACCCGUGCUGUCGUCCAGCCUGGCCCAGCGCCGUGGCAUGAAGAGACUCACGUCCACGCGGCUAUAGCGCAGCCCUGCACCUCCUCGUGCAGCCCGAGGGGACCAGGCGGGCCACCUCCCGGCCGGGCCGUGCCCGCCUUGCCGCCUCGCCCCCGCCCAGCCACACGGGGCCCUGUCAGCACAGCCCGCGCUGGGCGCCCCAGGUCCUCGCUGUCACCGCUCAUGUCUCUGCGGAGAGGCGUUUCUCCGGCUGCACAGUCCGUCCCGUUGCCCCAGGUCCGGCCCACGCGCCCCAUCGUCACGUCGUGACGUCGUGAAAGAGGCACCGACCAGUGACAGCGUCUGUGCCGCUGCCUGCGGGCUGAGGGACGGUGGGCACAGGGCCCCCCGGACCAGACGCCAGUCCCCUCCAGACGAUCCAAAGAGCCCUGUCUCAUUGCCCCCCGCCCACUUUGGACUGACCCCCGGUGUCCUGUGGCAGGUCUGUGGGGCGAGGCCGCCCCAGAGCCGGGAGCGGCCUCUUCACCCUGUGGCCACCUUUCCCAGGAUCGCUCGUGUCCCUGGGAGCCAGCUGAUGCCUGUGUCCACGUUUCCUCCCCCCACCCCCCAGGGCGGGGCUGUAGGAGCAGCUGCUCCCCCUGCAUCCCAGCCCUACCCCCUGGGUCACCAGGGCUGCCCGACCUCCCAAGAGGCCCUGGGCUUCCCUGCGCCCUGGCUUUCCCUCCUCUGGUCCCAGAGACGGAGACACCGUGGCUGGUGGGACCCUGAGUUCCAUUGCCUCUCAUCAGCCCCCUCUGGAAACCCCUGCCCACUGCCCCAGGCCUGGCAGGGAGCAGAGGUUGUGCUGCUGAGAGCAGGCGUGCCCUGCGUGGGCACUGUGGUGUGGUGGCGAGUUUGCGUCUCUGCGCGGGUCCAUUCUCACCUGGCGUGUCAGUGACGCCACUGUUCCCCUUGGUGUGUGCUCACAGGAGGAAGGGUGGUGCAGAGCGAGCCCAUUGGAGGCCAGGUGCACGUGCGUCUCCCCAGCCGGACCCCGGCUGGGGGGCUACCUGCUGGCCACACACCGCGCUGUGCCGUCCAGCAUCUGCGCCUGGGCGGGGAAAGGCGUCUGUUGGUCUCAGCCAGGUUUUCACCCAAAAGAUAAGUUCCAAGUCCCUCUGUCCCAACUCACUCCAGGACCCAACUCGAGAAAACAAAAGCAAAACCAAUGCACCUCCUAAAAGACAGCUCCCGGGCGUGGGCUGGUGGUCGGUUUUCAGACCUUAAAAUACAGACGUCUUGCAGAAGCGUUAUUUACCCGGUGAGCCUACUUGUCUCAGAGCCACAGGAAUCGGGGGGUGGGGAUGGUUCAGGUGCCUGUGGUGCCACACAGCCUCCCGAGCGUUUCUCCCGCUUUGCUUCCUGAUGCAAAGUGCUUUCUGCCGAGGCUCGGAGGAAACCCCCCAACCAUAGCGAUGUUUUAGGGCAGAGCUAUUCUAUCCGUCGUUGGGAACUUAGGAACCCUGGAAGGUCCCGGGUCACAGGUUUUGCCCACUGGAUACCCACGAUGGUCCUUGUACCCUGUCUGCUGCACAGAUGACGCCAGGUCCACCGGCCUUGGGCCUGGGCGUGUCUGCCCGGUGGUUGGCUUGAGGUCCCAGCUCUGAGGGAGGCAGGACGCUGAGAGGACAGCUGGGGAGCGGCGGUGCGGUUCUCUGUGUGGGUCCCUCAGGGACGCCGCUGUGCACAGCCCGGUUCGACCCCACAGCACUCCAGGGGGACCCCGGGCUCACCCCGCCCCUGGCCCUGCCCUUAGCGAGCGCACGCGGCUGCGCGGCUCGGAUGGCUCUGCUGCAGCAACUCGACCUGAAUGUCUGAGACAUACCUCUCUGCUCACCCUUUGCUCCAGAACAAAGGGAUACUUGAAACCCUGCAGCAGAAAGUCCAACUCGAGACGCUGAUCUCCCGUCUGUAACUCAACUUUCAAAUGUCUUAAGGGAAGCAGCCGGGGGCCGGGCUUUGCAAAGGGCCGACGGCACGUGAAUGCAGACGCGACCACUGCGUCCGUUCACCUGUACGGAGCCCCCCGCCACUCAGGAAAGCCUUUGCCCGAGCAGUGGGACGCCCCGAAGGUUAACCAGCUGCCCCUCUCUGCACAGUCAGACCCCCUGGUUCCCAAAAGCCACAGACGUGGUCACCGGAAAGCCGAGCCCCGGCUCUCAGGACUCCUGACACCCCGCCACGCGGUCCUGCCACGGCGCCCCCUUUAGUUCCAUCCACCCUGUGCCCCCCCCACUUCACGAGCAGCACCUGACAUCCCCCCCCCACCAGGUGUGAGAGCUCUGCCAGACGCUGCCCCCACGUCAGAUUGGGCGAGGUGAGAUUGCAUCUCUGCCCCCAGGCCAGGCGGCCGGUGGUUUCAAACUCGCUUUGUGCGUGUUGCUGUUUGGAAGGCUGUGGGCCCUCUGAGCCCCGCAGUACUUGGCGUGAGCCAGUAUUGUUCACUGACUGUGUCGCCCCAAGCUGCAUCUCGGGACUGUCCCUCCACUUCACUGGGUCCCCCCCCCCCGCCCCCGGCGCAGGUGGGCUCGGAUUUGCACGCGAUCCCUUUCCAUGUGGUUCCGGUGCCCUUCACGCUCCUCGAGCCGCAGGAUUCCGGAAAGGCUGCGGCAGGUCCUGAUCGGUGAGGGGACGGAAGGUUGACUGGGCCACCCACAGGCUUCGGGACGUCACCGGGAGGGGACCUGCCGAGCACGCGCCCCCCCAGACCCCCAGCCAGCACUUUGUGUCCAGCCCGCGUCUGUGUUUACAGGGGAUUCUCAAGUUCACGCUUUAUAUUUUAUGUUGGAGACGGGCGGCCUCUAUACGAUAUUUAUUACGCUUUCCAGACUUUCUGAAUAGAUUUUUUUAAUAAAUAUGGGUUUUAUGAAGUGUAA